CUUUUUCGAUUCAUCCUGACGAUGUCCGUCAACGUUUUGUGUCAUCGUCAUCGUGAAACUCACCAAUUUUGAAUACCUAUUUGGAUCUACAGUAAUGAACCGGGAACGCGUAUCUAAUCACUUGACCAAAAUGGUGAAACUCCAAGGGUGCAAGAAUGUCGCCCAGCUGGACCGAUUGAUUCAAAAACAAGGAGUCUGAAGCUUUCGUCCCGACUGUUGACCGUGAUCACAUGGUGGGAAAACAUCUCGCUUCGUUCUUUGGACCCAUCAUUUGGCCUACUUUUUGGAGAUAUGCUGAAGGAACUGAACGUAACAACGGUUGGAGGCACCUUGAUAAUAGGGAUCCUCGAAUCAGUGGUGAAUUUCUCAGGUAUGUUCGUGGGUCCGGCGAUAAAGAAAUUCGGCUGUCGUAAAAUAGGAAUAAUCGGCGCCUGCUUAAGCUGCACAGGUUUAAUCCUAACGUCGCAGGCAAACAGCGUAGCUUACAUAAUCUGUACCUACAGCGUCCUCGGUGGAAUUGGGAUAGGAUUUGCAAUGUCAGCAGGUUUCGUUUCACUGCAUAGCUACUUUAUUCAGAAACGAACCCAAGCUGUUGGACUUUCAAUGGCCGGUACUACUCUGGGAAUGAUGUGCAUGCCGCAGAUCGUGCACUUACUUCUGAUUCACUACAAUUUUCGCGGUGCCGUUCUCAUCAUCGGUGGCUUGGCUUUGCAUUCAGUCCUUGGUUCUUGCCUCCUUCAACCUGUAUCCUGGCACUUGGUACCAGAUCCCGACGACAAGCUGAAGUCGGAAACUUUAAAGUCAAACGGGAGGGUGUCGGAAGGAGAGAAGCUAUUGAAGAAAGAUGACAACGGGACGUCGAAUGGAUAUCGGCGAAAAAGCACUUCCUCUGACAUGUCUAGCGUGGAUCUAUCGACGAAUAGCGUAUCGACCGGGAACAAUAAUAAAAAAUUACAAGAUCACGAGGAAGACUCUGAGAAAAAUGAACCGAGUGACGAGCAAACGGCAUGGCAGUCGGCUAAGGCAAAAAUUAUCGCCUUUUUCGACUUGGAUUUACUCACAAAUAUCACGUACCUUAACACCGUUAUCGGCGUUGGCUUGUUCUCGUUGGCGGAAUCGAACUUCAAAAUGAUAACACCGUUUUUCUUAGCAAGCAUCGGGAUGGUGCCAGGUGAGAUAGCCUUUUGCCUUUCUCUCACCGCCUUUGCGGAUGUCGUGACCAGACUAACGAUGCCAAUGAUAUUCGGAAAGUUGAAACUCGCGAACAGGAAGGUCUUUUGGGUCAGUUCAUUUCUGGUUGGCAUCAGCCGUUCGACGAUGGCGCAACAAGUGGCGGGGAAAAUUCUGAUGGCCAAUCUGAUUUUCAAUGGAUUCUUACGCGGCAUUACGUUGACGAAUCUCAAUCUUAGCGUUACCGAAAGUUGCCCACCCUCCAAAGUCCCCUCGGCCCUGGGAAUGUUGAUGGUUUUCAAGGGUCUGUUCGUUGCUGGCUUAGGGCCUGUAUUAGGGCACAUCAGGGACUUGACUGGAAGCUAUCAAAUAUGCAUACACUCGAUGACGGCAUCGAUUAUGCUGUGUACAACAUCAUGGGGGAUAGAAUUUGCAGUGAAAGAAAUUCGCAAGCGAAUGGAUAGCAGUUCCCAACGCGAGGUUGGUGUCAGGAGUAAAAUGGUUUAAACUACCAGGGAAUUGGCGCAAUGAUCAUCACCGUAAUGAAUUACUGUCUGCACUGCCGAUCCGUAGACCUCAUUGAUCGAUGAUCGCAAGUGAAAAUAAGAUUGAAGAAAAAGAGGACAGUAAUGCUGUUCUCAUUUUCUUUUCCUUUUUUAUUUUUUGCCAAAACUGUCGAACAAUUCGUUCGUCAGGUUUAAUUUAUACGGAGGCAAGAUUAAGAGAGUGAUCGAUAAUUAUUUCAAUGCAUGAGCAGCGUUGUCUAGAUACAUGCGUAGCUCGUGUCUGUGAUAAAAGCGCAUAUCAACUGUGAAACAUUUGCGUGGAUAAGCAUUUGAAGCGAUUAAUGGCGUUUCAGUUAUCUUUAUCCACUGGGAUCAACUUCGCUGGUUCUUAAAUAAUUUAUUCAUUGACCGCUAUAUCCGUCUAAAUCCGCAAUAUGUAAGCGAGAGUACAAAAUAAGUUGGUAGAUAUUCAUGUACAAAACACCGCGAUAUAAAAUGCUUAGCGAUGGAACUUUAGAUAUUCAAGCUGUAAAAUAAAUACGUUAUUUAUUCUAUUCAUUCUAUACUUCAUGUCGGUCCAUUGGGUCUCGUUCGCUGCUUCGCCCGAGGUGAA